AAUUUGAGUACAAGCCCCAGACGGAAACGCACACUGAAGAACUUUUGUCGCUGAUAGUCUGAACAUUAGCUAGGUUGCCUAGGUCCAGCGAUAAUGUAGAUAGUUUCUCAUUCUGCCUGACUGAGAGACACUGAUAUUUUGGUCGUUCAUGCCAUGGGUUUUGUCUAACGAGUCAUUGCGAUGUUUCGGUUCUGCUUUGCAAAUGGGGGCAAAAAUCAAACGGCUGUCGGCAGCGGUCAGUUUUUGAAAUGAACGUCUCUUGAGAGUAGAUUUCUUCGAGUGUGGCAGCGUUAGGAUGAGGCAGUUGGUCGUCUUUACCAUCGCAUUGCUCCCGUUUUGGGUGGACGGUGCGAUUAAGCCGAGAUCCGUCGAGCAUAGCUGGUCAAAGCUGGACGACGGCGAAGAGUUGGAAGCCCUCAGCUCUUUACUGGCAGACUUUGACAUCUUGCCUGCCUCUAGCCUCCAGCGGCACUCUAUAAGAAAGAGGGAUGUGGACUCGCCAACCCACGUAGAACGCCUGGUCAGCUUUACAGCACUGAAGAGGCAUUUCAAGUUAUACCUGACCACCAACAUAGAGCUUUUCACAGACGACUUCAAGGCCGUAGUUUUAAACGAGCAUGGGAGGGAGGAGAAUUAUGAAGUCCAGCUCCAGAAUUACUUCAGAGGCCAUGUAGUAGGUGAGGAACACUCACGAGUGCAGGCGCACAUGGACGGGGAGGAGUUCUCAGCCCACAUCCUCACCGACGAAGCUGAGUACAAUGUGGAGCCACUGUGGAGAAUUACGGAGACGGUGCCAGACGGGCGUCUGCUCGUCUACCGCUCGGACGAUAUCCGCAAUAUCAGCCGCCUCGCCUCGCCCACAGUGUGCGGUUACACGCAGGCCGAGGCACAGGAGUUGCUACCAGACCUGGCCCGGGCCACGCAGGACGCCUCGCUGCAUGAGGAGCCCAGCCACAGAGCGCGGAGGCAGGCUUACAGCCACAAGAAGAACACCUGCACGCUGCUGCUGGUGGCCGACUAUCGCUUCUUCCACUACAUGGGCCGUGGGGAGGAGAGCACCACCCUCAACUAUCUGAUCGAGCUGAUUGACCGCGUGGAUGACAUCUACAGGAAUACAUCGUGGGACGAGGAAUUUAAGGGCUACGGUGUGCAGAUCCAGCAGAUAAUCAUAAACAAGGGGCCGACCAAUGUGUCUUCAGGACAGAUUCACUACAACAUGGAGGGCAGCCCGCGGCCAAAGGACUUUCAAGUGUGGGAUGUGAAGAAGCUUCUGGAACAAUUCAGUGUGGACAUUGCAGACAAUGCCUCCAGUGUUUGCCUGGCCCACCUCUUCACCUACCAGGACUUCGAUGAGGGCACGCUGGGUCUGGCCUAUGUGGCCUCCUCCAGGGACCAGGCCUUAGGAGGACUCUGCUCCAAACCUUACUACCCAUCCAAGUCUGUGGAGAAACCCAGCUACCUAAACACUGGCUUAACCAGCACUAAGAACUAUGGCAAGACCAUUCUCACUAAGGAAGCCGACCUUGUGACCACUCACGAGCUUGGACACAACUUUGGAGCAGAGCAUGACCCAGACAACAUCCCGUACUGUGCGCCGAGCGAUGACCAAGGGGGCAAGUUUGUCAUGUACCCCAUCGCUGUUAGUGGAGACCAUGUCAACAACAAGCGAUUCUCCAACUGCAGCAAGGCCUCCGUGAGCAGGACGCUCCGGGUCAAGGCUCCCAUGUGCUUCCGGGUGAGGAGCAGCAAGCUGUGCGGUAAUUCCCGGGUGGAGGAGGGGGAGCAGUGCGACCCGGGGCUCCUUCACCUCCAGGAUGACCUCUGCUGCACAGCCAACUGCAUGUUCAAGAACGGCGCACAGUGCAGUGACAGGAACAGUCCCUGCUGCAACAACUGCAGAUUCCAGGAAGCACAGAAGAUUUGCCAGGAGUCCAUCAAUGCCACAUGUAAAGCCACGUCCAAGUGCACGGGCCAGAGCAGUGAGUGCCCUGCGCCCGGAAACCUGCCCGACGGCACGGAGUGUGUGGACAAGGGCGUGUGUCGCCAGGGCGAGUGUAUGCCCUUCUGUGAGGCCAAGCAGAGCAGCCGCUCCUGUGCCUGCAACGACACGGACCACUCGUGUAAAGUGUGCUGUAAGAAUGGGAGCGGAGUGUGCACACCUUACAUUUAUGCGACUGGAGACUACCUCUACCUGCGGAAGGGCAAACCAUGCACCGUGGGCUUCUGUGAUGGCCACGGCAAAUGCAUGAAGCAGGUGCAAGACGUGGUGGAGAGAUUGUGGGACUUCAUCGACAAGCUGGACAUCAACACAUUCGGGAAGUUCCUGGCUGAUAAUAUUGUGGGCUCAGUGGUGGUUUUCUCUCUUCUCUUCUGGAUCCCGUUAAGCAUUCUGGUGCACUGUGUGGACAAGAAGCUAGAUAGACAGUUUGAAGAGGACUCCAAGACACUGAUGUUUCCCAGCCAGAUGGUGGUGGAGGUGUGUAGUAAAGCCUCAGAAUGUGGAGAUGCUGAGUGGUCUCGAGGGGGCUCCCAAGCGCAUCGUCAAGGGGCCUGCUCUGCCUUCCCUUUUGGCAGCCCGGCCCCCACCGGCCCCACCCAACAGCAGCAGCACCUCGCCACCGGCACCGGGCCCGUCCGCAGCCCGCGGCCCUGCCCUGGCCUCCGCCGAACCAAGAGUGGAUCCGCAGCGAAUGGCCACCAUCGCAGAGGAUCCGAGCGGGGACUCACCGCAGGACGAGCUGGGGGCAGACUUCCUGCCCAGCCACUUGACGGCCAAGUCCUUCGAGGACCUCACCGAGCAGACGCCGCUAAACCGACCCGACAGGAAGAAGCUGCAGAGGCAGCCCCGCCUCGACAGUAAGGAGACGGCGUGCUGAGGAAGGUGCCUCCACUGUCCCCGUUCACACUUCCACACUCACUCCUCAAGUAUGCACUUUGAUGGGCAACACAAAAAUGAGCCUUCCUGACAGAUUAGUUUGAUGACAGUCCAACAUGUGGUACAAGUGUGGUAUGUGGACUGCAGAGUAUUUUUUUUGUUAUUUCUAACACAUUUGUCUGCUAAUGGAGUAAUGUGUAAAUGCUAGAGACUGCAGUCUAGGGGCUUGGAUUAUAAACGAUGGGGUUACACUUUUGGUGGGACUUUUGGUUUUUGUAAGUACCAGCUCAGGUCGUUUUGAUGUGCACAAACACCCCCUUGUUAGCUCUGAUUAGUUAGAAAGUAGGAUUUAUUUUACACCUUCAGUUUUGAGAGCCAGCCCACUUCGCUGAAGGCUCUUCAGAAUGGACCUCCUCGUGUCCAUGGGUCUCCGGCCAGAAGUGCACAUGUCUAACCCUUAUUGCAUCAUGGUGUGAUAGGGCGUAGUAAGUCAUACCAAAGGCAAGUGUAACCUUAGCCAAAACAAAAAGUGCCUUAUGGAAGAGCAUCUGCAGAGUCUCAUCGAAAAUAAACAUGAAAGAAACGGUUUAAAGAUUAACUUCGAUCACUCUGGACUGCUGGUAAGGAGUGGUGUCUACUUUAGUGCUCUGAAACCACACUGCUACUUCAAAAUGUGACCAACUGUUCCUGCCUCUUUCAUGAAUGGUUUUUGAACACAGUAGUCACACCAGGGAAAGGUCAGCUUUCCACACAGAUUGGUGCAAAUCUAGGCCAAAGACCGUUUCAAGCAGCAGUUUCCUCAUUGCCAGUGAUGUACCGCUUAAUCUGAGUCUAUGAAAUCAGCCAUCGGAGAUUCUGUACCUCUGUGCUCUGCUACUAACUUAAAUCAAGUUAUUUCCAAUGCAGGAUUUUGGCAUGAGUCGCCGUUCUUAGUUAUGACAUAAUGAUAGGAUUCAGUUGUUAUUGUUAUGGUAUAAGACGGACUCAAAAUGAGUGUAAAGCAUUUGUCAUUGGAUACCAAGAAUAGUACAUCAUUCAAAACGUCUUGGGGCUAUGGGCUUUACUUCUUCUGCUAUAAAUGUUCUACUUACUGUGUCCUUAAAUAUUUUGGACAAAACUGGAACUCUUCAAUGGUAAACACUGUUGAAUAGUAUUAGAUUAGCUGUUACUGAGCAUGUAUUCUAAUAUGACACUAUGGUGUUAGAUGCUGUUGUGGUCUUAAGUUCCAUUGAUAUCACCGGCAUCCUAUAAGUGGUCCAUAAUGACCCAGAUGUUCAUUGUGAAUAUGUUCAAGCAAUAUGAGCGAUUUAAAUGUUGCAUCAAACAUACCUUGUGAAGUACUUUAGUUUGCUAGUAUGAUCACAUGUACCCUAUUAAAUUUCUGUAGUUGCACAGGUGUAAGAUUUGGAUCGUCAUUGAUACUGUAUUUUUUAUUCUUUUUAUAUAUAUUUGCAAAUGCUAUCCCUGGUUUCUACAAGUGUAAUUCUAAUUUGAGCUUUUGAAUUUAUGGUUUGAUAAAGUUUAUAGAAUUUUAAUGUGCCAUAAGUGUGAUGACAUUUUCUGCCUUGUAAAAAAAAAAAUCUAUAUUACCAUUAUAGAACAUAAAGUAGAAAGUUGAUUCUCGUUUGAAUGUUCAGAAUUGUAUGGGGCACUUAUCUCCUGAUUUAAGAUCUUGUGCUAGAUAAAUUUACUGGAAAUUAUGAACCCACAUGAAUAAAGUAUAGCAGCAGUU